AUGCUUCAUCCAAUCCUUGAUAUCAGCAACUUUAAUGUGAUUCUGACAUUCUCAGGAAUAUACUUGCUUGUGUUUGCUCUACUCUCUCUCAAAUUAAAGCAGAGAUGGUACCUCGGUGAAGCUUUACCGUCUUUCGUGGUCGGGGUUAUUCUAGGUCCCGUCUGCGCAAACCUGAUCGAUGCGAGACGCUGGGGUAGCCAUGUUGAGGAAGGUCAGAUUGCCUAUGCCUUGACGCGACUGGUCAUUGGUAUCCAGAUGGUCAAGGUAGGAUAUGAGCUGCCGAAACAAUAUUUGCGGCAGAGGCUAGUCGAGCUCACCAUUUGCCUUCUUCCACUCAUGGCAUUGCAGUGGCUGGCAACGUCGGCUUGUAUUCUGUUGAUGGUUCCCCAUUUAUCCUUUCUCACGGCUUUGAUUAUUGGAUCGUGUGUCAUCUGCAUUGACCCCAUUCUGUCGCAGGCCAUUGCGAAAGGGCCCUUUGCUGACAAGUACGUCCGGCGUCACCUGCGAGAGUUUAUCUCCGCCGAGGCUGGUGGGAACGAUGGGUUUGGCUUUCCAUUCCUGUUACUCUCCAUAUCCAUUCUACGGUAUGCCGAAGUACCGCGGAGUGACGCUGCAAAACGUGACUGGAUAGGAGAAACGGACACAGGGCGAUUAGGGGGCAAUGCGAGCCGUGCAUUGGCGCACUGGGUCGUCGAAGGAGUGCUGUACAUGAUAAUCAUGGGCUCAGGAUAUGGGCUGUUGGUGGGAUUCGUGGGACGCAAGGGCCUGAAUCUGGCGUCGAAGAGACGAUGGAUUGACAAGGAUAAUUUUUUCAUCUUCCCAGUAGCAAUUGGGUUGUUCAUCGUGGGCACCUGUGGAUGCUUCGGAUCCGACGAGACUCUUGCCUGUUUCAUCGCCGGAUGUGCAUUGAAUUGGGAUGGUCUAUACCACUCCGAAGCCGAGGCACGCCAUGAUUCAUUCAACUCGGCCAUCGAGGUGAUUUUGAACUUUGGCACCUUCAUCUUCAUCGGGAUCAGCAUGCCCUGGGACCAAAUGCACCUGCCGCAGGUCACGGGCAUCACGAUCUCGCGCCUUGUGACUCUUGGGAUCUUGCUGUUGCUGUUUCGCCGGAUCCCUGCAAUCAUGCUUGGGUAUCGCUUUAUGCCGAAGAUCUGCCACUCGUGGAAAGAGGCUUUGUUCAUGGGAUACUUUGCGCCAAUUGGCGUGGGAGCCAUCUGCUAUGUGGAAUAUGCACGUCGACUUCUCCCUGACCCUGGGCAGAGCGAUACCGAAAUCAACCGAUUGACAGCCGCGAUGAUUCCUGUCCAUGGACUGUCAAUCCCAGUCCUGAAUGGAAUCUACAAGUGGCUGCGAGUUCCUGCCAUACGAGAUCAUCCAGUUGAGGUCAUGCUUCUUUCCGACAACGAACCAGUCCCGAACAAUAGCGUUGUUGAUCGCCGCGUGCACUCCGUAAUAUUGAACAAUCGGUUUUCUCGCAACUUUACCGAUGAAUCCGACGAGCCACAAGACGAGCCAGAUGCUAUGUUGUUACGAUCCAGGAAUCAGGAGAAUUAUGCGGAAUCAUCGCGGUCUUCCACGAAAGAGUCUGCGGGUCAGGUUGAACAGGCUUGGCAAGUGGUUUAG